AUGGAAACCAUGGAGAGCAUGGAAAGCAUGGAGAUCAUGGAAAACAUGGAACCCCUUCGCGUGAGCGUAGACGAGCUGACUUUGCUGUCCGACCAGAUUGGCAGCGACAUGCUCGUCGACUCCGAGUACGACGAGAAGCAGGAUGUGGCCAUCAUCACCCCCGACGAUACCGACGACCAAAUGGACGACGUCGAUGCCGAGCCCGAGCCCCGUGCCGACGAGUUUGAGCUCUUUAUGAAGAAGCACCUGCCCGAGCUGCCGGAACAGGAGACCGAGGAAGAAGCAUGGAACACAUGGGAGAUCAAGGACUGGCGGGCCCUGAUCAAGCGCGAACACGGUCCCUUGUUCAAGUGCGGCGGACACCCAUGGCGGAUACUCAUGUUCCCGUACGGCAACAAUGUCGAAUUUACAUCGCUGUAUCUGGAACAGGGCUUCGAGGACAAGCAGAUGCCCGAGGACUGGUAUGCCUGUGUGCAGUUCAUGCUAGUCAUGUGGAACCCCAAGGAUCCGACCAUAUAUACGACACACACGGCAAACCACCGCUUCACAGCCGACGAGGGCGAUUGGGGCUUCACCCGCUUCGCUGAGAUCAGGCGUCUGUUCGCGAAUACCUGGGACGAUCGGGCCCGGCCUAUGGUCGAGGACGACCAGGUGAACAUCACUGCAUAUGUAAGAGUGCUCAAGGACCCUACCGGCGUGCUAUGGCAUAAUUUCAUCAACUACGAUUCAAAGAAGGAGACGGGCAUGGUCGGUCUCAAGAACCAGGGCGCAACAUGUUACCUCAACUCGCUUCUCCAAUCUCUCUACUUCACUAAUGCCUUCCGCCAAGCCGUGUACCAAAUACCCACCGCCGAGGAGUCCGACCGCCUCAACAGCGCCUAUGCCCUUCAACGCCUAUUCUACCUCCUCCAAACAUCCUCAGUCGCCAUCGGCACCACCGACCUCACACAAUCCUUUGGCUGGGAUUCGAAGCAGAUUUUCGAGCAACAAGAUGUCCAAGAAUUGUCGCGUGUGCUCAUGGACAAGCUUGACGAGAAGAUGAAGGGCACCGAAGCCGAGGGCGCGUUAACCAAGAUGUUUGUUGGGAAAAUGAAGACGUACAUCUCGUGCAUCAACGUCGACUAUGAAUCCUCGCGGACAGAAGACUUCUGGGACAUCCAACUCAAUGUCAGCGGGAACAAGAACCUCGACGACAGCUUCAAGGAUUACGUGCAGGUUGAGACCAUGGACGGAGAGAACAAGUACUUUGCCGAAGGCUUUGGUCUGCAAGAUGCAAAGAAGGGCGUCAUAUUCGAGAGCUUCCCGCCAGUUCUCCAUCUCCAGCUCAAGCGCUUCGAGUACGACUUCCAGCGCGACGCGAUGAUGAAGGUCAACGAUCGUUACGAGUUUCCAGAGGUUUGGGACGCCUCACCAUACCUCUCAGAUGGCGCCGAUCGGUCAGAGCCCUACAUAUAUCACCUACACGGCGUACUUGUCCACAGCGGAGACCUCAAUGCUGGCCACUACUAUGCUUUCAUAAAGCCCACCAAGGAUGGACACUACUACAAAUUUGACGAUGAUCGUGUCACGCGAGCAACACUACGGGAAGCUCUCGAAGAGAACUUUGGUGGCGACUACCAGCAAGCUAACGGCAACGUUGCGUGGAGCCCCCCGAAACAUCUCGCGGAACGACUUGCCGAGGAGCGCGCUGCGUUUGAACGAAGGAAGAAGGAGCGCGAAGAAGCGCAUCUAUACAUGGAUGUGGCAGUCGCAUCUGACAAGACGUUCAAGGCCUACCAGGGCUUCGACAUUGUGCCCUGGAAAGGCGAUGCUGAGGAGGGCGCCAACCCGAAGAUCUACCGAGCACUGCGAACAACCACAAUGGCGGAUUUUGCCAAGACCGUCGCCGCGGAUCUCGAGGUCGACCCGGAUAUGUUACGCCCGUGGUCAAUGGUCAACAGACAAAAUGGCACUGUUCGGCCCGAUACUGUUCUCGAGUUCCCCGACAUGACGGUUGAAGAGGCUGCCAGUAAGCAUGGCACCAAGCAAUCGCAAUUCAGAUUGUGGAUCGAGACGGCAGAACAACGCGACGAAAACGGGGCACCCCUGUUCGGCGAUAAGCUCGUCGACCUAAAAGGUCAACAAAGCAACCGACCGUUGAUGAUAUUCUUGAAACACUUUGAUGCAAAGACACAAACCUUGUUCGGCGCUGGAACCUUCUACGCUGCACUCCAAGAUAAGGUCAUGGAUCUCAGCCCUUCCAUUCUGAAGAUGCUUGGAUGGCCAGCAGGAACGCAAAUCAAGCUUUCAGAGGAGAUCAAACAGAACAUGAUCGAGGCCAUGAAACCAAAAACCACAUUGGCUGCGUCGGAGAUACAGGAUGGAGACAUCAUAACCGUUCAGCGAGUCUUGAGUGACAGCGAGAUAAGUCGCAUUACAGCCGCUGGAGGUUGCGUUGAAGCCAAGGAAUUCUACGACUAUCUUCUUAACCGGAUCAACGUCGAGUUCGUGCCUAGGGCACCAGACUCCGAGGACCCUUCGUUCGCAUUGACCCUGAGCAAGAAGAUGACUUACAAUCAGUUUGCCGGCAAAGUCGCCGAGUUCUUAGGCACCGAGCCGAGCCAUCUUCGCUUCGUCACUGUCAGUGCCGCUGGCAAGCCCAAGCAACCUGUCAAAUACAACGCCAAUGCAACGCUGAACAGCAUUCUCUUUCCUGGUCCAUACAGUUACUCCACAAGUGCGAAUCAGCGGCCAGAUGCGUUAUUUUACGAGAUCCUGGAGAUGAGCCUGGCAGAAAUGGAGCAGCGGAAACCCAUCAAAAUCACCUGGCUGCCAGAAGGACUCAGCAAAGAGGAGGAACAUACACUCAUGAUACCUAAAAAUGCGCAUGUGUCGGACCUUCUCCUCGCACUCCAAGCCAAAGCGAAUAUAAGCGAUGAGACGAUGCAAAAGGUCCGCGUGUACGAAUCGCACAUGAACAAGUUGCAUAAGUUAUUACCGACCGACUACCAGAUCAUGAGUCUGUACGACUACACUCAGCUGUAUGCUGCGCCGUUCCUCGAUGAGGAGUCUCCGCGAAAGAUUUUGGCAUUCCACUUCGACCGCGAACCAUCGAAGGCACACGGGAUUCCCUUCCAAUUCCCACUGAGAGAGGGCGAGCCCUUCAGCGAGACGAAACAGCGCAUCUCAGAUUUCACCAAGAUCAAGGGCAAGCAGUUGGACAAGAUCAAGUUUGCUCUUGUCGCGCCGAACUCAAAACCAGAGCCCAUCGAAGACGAUCUCGUACAAGGACGCGACAAUGUUUCUCUCGGCCUCGACCACACCAACAAGAGCCGAAGCUUCUGGGGCAAAACCGACUCCAUCUUUAUUCGUUGA